AUGUUUUUUCAGUCAAGUCCAGUCUUUACAUACAUCAAAGAUCUCACACGGGGGAGAAGCCUUUUUCCUGUCCUGAGUGCGGGAAAAUGUUUUUCACAGAUGUCCCAUCUUUUCAGUCAUCAGAGAUCUCACACGGGGGAGAAGCCGUAUUCCUGUCUGAGUGCGGGACAUCAGAGAUCUCACACAGGGGACAAGCCUUAUUCCUGUCCUGAGUGUGGGAAAUGUUUUUUACGAAAAUCAAAACUUGACACACACAUCAGAGAUCUCACACGGGGGAGAAGCCUUAUUCCUGUCCUGAGUGCGGGAAAUGUUUUUCACAGAAGUCCCAUCUUUCCAAACAUCAGAGAUCUCACACGGGGGAGAAGCCAUAUUCCUGUCCUGAGUGCGGGAAAUGUUUUUCAGACAAGUUCAGUCGUUCAAGACAUCAGAGAUCUCACACAUCAGGGGAAGAAGCCACUUUCCUGUCCUGAGUGA